UUACGAGUAUAGCUAAUUCAAUCACUUUCAAGUUGAUUUGACGGACACUGUUGUUAACGUCACGUGACAAAGGAAAACACGAUUGACCUCCCAAAUCCCAUAACUGACCUUCCUGCAAGUUAUUGCAGUGGCAACGUCAAGUUGCACCGAAUAACCCUGGUUUCCUGCAUUAUCUGGCAGGCAAGAAAUGGUCGUGCCAUUGAUACCUAUUUGCAUUGCAGGCGGAGGGGCUGCCGCAGUGCUUUUAAUAAAAUGUUAUACAGGUGGAGGCAUUUGCCGAAGCACAGCAAGGCUUGAUGGGAAAACAGUGGUGAUCACAGGAGCAAACACAGGGAUUGGAAAGGAGACUGCCAUAGACUUAGCCAAAAGAGGAGCUAGGGUAAUUCUUGCAUGCCGGGAUAUGAAAAAAGGACAACAAGCUCUUGAAGAAGUAAGCAAUGUUUCAGAGAGCCCUAACAGUGUGGUGCUGCAUCAUUUGGACCUGGCAAGCCUGAAGUCAGUAAGGAAGUGUGCUGAUGAAAUUUUGAAGAAAGAAGAGAAGAUAGAUAUUUUAAUCAACAAUGCUGGGGUUAUGAUGUGUCCAUACACAAAAACAGAGGACGGCUUUGAAAUGCAGUUUGGUACCAACCAUUUAGGACACUUUUUGUUGACCAAUUUGUUGCUGGAUCGAAUAAAAGCAAGUGCUCCAAGUCGUAUUGUUAAUGUUGCAUCCAGAGCACAUGAAAUGGGGGAAAUGAACUUUGCUGAUUUGAUGGGAGAGAAGGGCUAUAGCUCAGUUAAAGCCUAUGGCCAAAGCAAACUUGCCAAUAUUCUAUUUACACGUGAACUAGCCAGAAGAUUGGAAGGAUGUGGAGUUAGUACAUAUGCUGUACAUCCUGGUGCGGUGAAAACAGAGCUUGGCAGACACCUUUUCUUAAGCCAUCCAAUUUUUGAAUAUCUUCUCUUCCCAGUUAUUUGGCUUUUGUUGAAAACCCCUAAGCAAGGGGCUCAGACAUCUAUUUACUGCUCUGUAGCAGAAGAGUUAGAUGGCAUUAGUGGAAAGUAUUAUUCGGAUUGUGCUGAAUUGGAGCCUUCAAGACGUGCCCAGAAUGAAGAUGAUGCAAAGAAACUGUGGGAAAUCAGUGAAAAGCUGGUGGGUUUGUAGUAGUGGACAAUUAUUUAGACAACAAGUGAUGCAAAGAUGGGGCUCAAAUUAUCUCUUUUUUUCACACAAUCAAGGACUAAUGAAAUGUAUUACAGCAUUGUUGUUUCUUACUUUCAAUUGAUAAAAGGUGACUGUGGUAUUUUUAUUGUGGUUGUAUUGGUAACAUUUAUCCUCCUAAUCUGAAAGUAUUGAAAGCAUAUAUAAUGCAAAUCCUACCAUUAUGCAAGUAGUGAUUUAUGAUUAAUAUUUUAUAACAUUCUUACUUUUGUUUGAAAAAAGAUAUUAAUGUUUCAAUUUCUUGUUUGAGAAAGUGUUAAUGUGUUUAUCUAUCAGUGAUGAUUUUAAGAAAUGAUUGUGAGAAUUUGUUUGAAGUAUAUUUAUGGAUCUCUUUUCGACCUAAUUUUUUAUAUCUUAAGUGUAUUUUGGCAAUACCUACAUCCUUUGUGAAAUACCUCUAUUAUUCUUGUAAAAAUUGAACAUUUUUCUAAAACUGUGUUUUCUAUACUGGUUCUUUUGUAAUGACCUCGUUAACUUUUUGAUAACCUUGAUUUUGAAGUAUAAUCCUUUUUAACAGUCAAGAUGUUUCCAGUAUUUUUAUACUUCUGUCAGACAUGUUAUACUCUUUUAAUAUCUCUAUGACAAAUUACCGAUGUGGCCUUUUAUAAGGAACUUUAUUUAAAUGUUUUGGCAGCCAUUGCUUGUAAGACAAAUUUUUGUUAGGUUUAAAUUUUUGUUGUAUUGUUAAAAAAUUUGUUUAGACAUGUUUCCAUUAAAUGUGUGGCUCUGAAAAUUAUCACUCUCAGGAUAGUUAGAUUGCUAUUUAUUUCUUGCUUUCCAAGUUUGCUUUAUGUACAGUUCAACUGCAAAUUAAUGCAUUUUGCAAAUUAUCUCCUCAGUUUGUUGUUGAUUAAAUUAUUUAAUAUUUACAAUUUUACCUUUAACUGAUAAUAAAUAACAUCUUGUGUAUCACCGUAGGAAACGCUUUUUAUUUUCUUGAGAUUAGAUUGUUCUUAUAAUUAAUAGAAUAGGAAAUAUAGCACAGAUGCUGAGCUUACUAAUAAGGUAAUGGCUCGAUCAUUUAAGCCAGGAACAAUUAUCAAUUUUUCAGAUACAUAAUUAUUCAAAAGACAUUUCUAAGUAGCAUUUACUGUAUAGAAUAGAGAUAUUAGAUAGUCUGCUUUUCAAUUGUGUUGCUACCACUCAGCAGGAAUAUUCUAAUUUUAAGAUUUAUACUUUUAAAAAAUGCAGUAUCUGUAAAAUUUUCCUGGUUGAAAUGAUUGAGCUAUUACCAUUAUAUGCCCAAUUCAAUGGAAUGGUUUUAGUGUGCAUUGAAAGGCUUUCCAAAUUGGGCCAUAAGUAAGUUCAGCACCUGUGCUAUAUUUCAUGGGUAUAUUUGGGAUAAAGAAAGCCAAGGUAUAAAGAGAUAUCUGAAUUAUAUACCGAA